GUUCAUGCCGUUGAUGUCAUCUUAACGAGACGCAUUCACUGCAAAAGCAAGAAGCUAGCUAGCUAGCUAACAAGCUACGUUGUUUUGAAGAAUGGCGUCCUCAAAGAAGGGGAAGAAAGUGGUAAAUCAGGAGGAACUGCGACGCUUAAUGAGGGUAAAACAGAGGCAAACAACGGACAAGAAGCGCGUGGAGUCUCCUUUUGCUAAGUACAACAGUCUCGGGCACCUCAGUUGUUUACUGUGCAAUGUGCAGGUGAAGUCCGAGCUACUGUGGCCUGCGCAUGUUCUUGGAAAACCGCACAAAGAGAAAGUUGCCGAGCUUAAGUCAGGAAAAAGUCAACCAGCGACACCACAGAUACAACCGGUGAAGAGAAAAGCAUCGGACACCGAGGACGGCAGCGGGAAAAAAGCGAAACCUUCAUCUUCAGUGCUAUCAGACGAUGUCUUUAAGAAACCCCACGCACCGGUUUCUAUGCAAAAAUCUGCAGGACUGAGUCUGUCGGUUGGAGUUUAUGAUGAAGAUGAUGAGAUGGAAGAAGAUGCUGGAGAGGCAGGAACUUCAUCAACUCCCGCUCCCCAAAAGGAACAAUCUGCGGGACUACCUGACGAUUUCUUUGACAGCUCCAUCCCAUCCACACCUGCCGUCUCUCACUCAGGAUCCAUCCUCAAAGCAGACGGGCAGGAGAAGAGCACAGAGAAGAAGGACAACUCAGCCGAAGCACUGCCAGAAGGCUUCUUCGACGACCCUGUGAGAGAUGCGAAAGUGCGCAAUGUUGACGCACCCAAAGAUCAAAUGGACAAGGAGUGGGAUGAGUUUCAAAAGGAGAUCCGACAGGUGAACACAAAAUCUGAAGCCAUCGUGGCGGAGGACGACGAGGAGGGUCGCCUGGAAAGGCAGAUUGACGAAAUUGAUGAACAGAUGGAGUGUUACAGGAGGGUUGAAUUACUAAGAGAUAAGCGAGAUGUGGUGAAAAGGAAUCAGCCACAAAAAGAUGAAAGUAUGGAGGUCGAUGCCAGCGACGAGGAAGAAGAGGAUGAAGAGGUGCUGAUGGGGCUUCUGUCCGGGGACUGGAGGGCUAAAGGGGCACUGGCUUGAGUGAUAACAUUGAGAAAAAAGCCAUGUGUAAGUCUGUCAGUGAUCCAACAAUUGUAAAUAUGUUUGAUAAAACAGUGUCACCUCAUUUUUGUAUAUUUCAAACUGAAAUAAAUGUGAUGCUGUGAUGUGAAACAUUGUUUUGUAGAAAAGUUGUCAUUUCAUCACUAAAAGGAACCAAAUGGAAA